AUGGAGGAGAAACUGAUUGCUCGGCUGGAAUCGGCGGUGUCGCGGUUGGAAGCGCUGUCUUCCUCCGGCUUCGCAUCGCGGGACAUUGGCGGAGGGGAUGACGCUUCGUCGGAUCCAUCGAUUCUGGCAUUCGACGAUCUGAUUCGGGAGUCGUUCGGUAGGGUUUCCGCCGCUGCUGAGAAGAUAGGAGGACAGGUCCUGGAGGUGACGAAGGUUCUCGGUGAGGCUUUCAGUGUCGAGAGGGAGCUUCUCGUCAAGAUCAAACAGACUAAGAAACCGGAUAUGGCGGGAUUGGGCGAAUUCCUUAGGCCUCUCAAUGUGGUGAUUACGAAAGCGAGUGCAAUGACUGAAGGUAGGAGAUCGGAUUUCUUCAACCACUUGAAGUCUGCUGCUGAUAGUCUUUCGGCGUUAGCAUGGAUUGCUUACACCGGCAAAGAUUGCGGUAUGAGCAUGCCCAUUGCACAUGUGGAAGAAAGCUGGCAGAUGGCCGAGUUUUACAAUAACAAGAUUCUUGUUGAGUACAAAAACAAAGACCCAAAUCAUGUUGAGUGGGCCAAAGCUGUGAAGGAACUGUACUUGCCAGCUUUGAAGGAUUAUGUUAAGAGACACUAUCCCUUAGGUCCAGUAUGGAGUGCUACCGGUAAAACUGUAGCCUCUGCUCCAACCAAAGCUGGUCCGCCAAGUGCUCCUGCUGCUCCACCACCCCCACCCGCUUCUCUCUUCAGUGCUGAAUCUUCUCAGCCUUCAUCCUCAAAACCAAAGGAAGGCAUGUCAGCUGUUUUCCAAGAAAUUAAUUCAGGGAAGCCUGUGACUGCUGGUCUGAGAAAGGUCACAGAUGAUAUGAAAUCAAAGAACCGUGUUGAUAGAACGGGUGUUGUUCCCACCACUGAUAAAGGCGGAGCUGCUUCAUCAUCUUCCUUUGCUAAGCCUAAGACAGGACCUCCAAAGUUUGAGCUUCAAAUGGGUCGGAAGUGGGUUGUUGAGAAUCAGAUUGGACAAAAGAACUUAGUCAUUAGUGAGUGUGAUUCAAAGCAGUCAGUGUAUAUGUAUGGGUGCAAAGAUUCUGUUUUGCAAAUCCAAGGGAAAGUUAAUAAUAUAACGAUUGACAAGUGCACCAAGUCAGGGGUGGUAUUUACGGAUGUGGUAGCCGCUUGUGAGGUUGUGAAUUGCAGUGGGGUUGAGGUGCAAUGCCAGGGUUCAGCUCCAACAAUCUCAGUGGACAACACUGGUGGCUGUCAGUUGUAUUUGAGUAAAACUUCCCUCGAGACUUCCGUAACUACAGCAAAGUCUAGUGAGAUCAAUGUGUUGGUGCCUGGCUCAGAUGGGGACUUGGUGGAGCAUGCUUUGCCACAGCAGUACGUUCACCUGUACAAGGAUGGCAAGUUCGAAACCACUCCAGUCUCCCACUCUGGAGGGUAA